AAAAGGACCAGAAUAUUGUGUUGGAGUCAAAAUUGAGUCGAACCUAAGUCGGUUAAGAGGCGCUGAAAUAUUAAAGAUAUACAAACCCGUGUUUUGUUCGGAAACUCCUCCUUCCUCAGCAGUUUGGGGGGAGGGCGGCGGACGAUGCGAAAGAAGCUCGGAACGAACAAAAGAAGCGAAGAAAUGGAUCGCAGAGUGGAUUAGAGGUGAGUUCGCUACAACCUUCCCCCCUUCUAGGGUUUCUCUUUCCCCCAGUCCAUCCGGAAGAGUUCGAGAAACCCUAGCGGUUUCUCUAGCCGAUCCCCAAUUCGCCGAAUCCAAAUUGGUGCGAAACCCUAGCCUGUUGAUUUCUAUCGAGGAAUCGGGGUACGUCUUCUCCAUGAGUAGCGGCAGAGCCAAGAACUUCCGCCGCCGCUCGGAGGACAGCGGCGUUAAUGGCGACGAGAAGCCGGGCCCAACACCCACCACCACCAUCGCCUCCUCCUCCUCCUCCUCUACGGCCAAUCGAUCGCAAACCCUGGGCUCCGCGGCCAAACCCAAGAGCUCCAAACCCUCGGGCCCGAAGCGCCUCAGCUUCGCCGACGAGGAGGAGGAUGAGGAUUCUGAAGGCGGAGGCGGCGUGGCCGUGCGCCGGCCUCCGGCGAGAGCCCCCUCGUCGGCGGCGCCCGUCCACAAGCUCACCGCCGCCAAGGACCGGUCGAAGAGCUCGGUUCCUCUCCCUCCGAUUCCUUCCAAUGUGCAGCCGCAGACCGGCGAGUAUACAAAGGAGAGGCUCCGCGAGCUUCAGAAGAACGCCCGGCCCCUCGGCAGCAUGCCGAAACCCCAGCCUACUACUGCCCCUUCCUUCUCGGAGCCCAAAUCGCAGAAACCAGAACCUGCUUCUUCCGAGCCCGUUAUCGUCCUCAAAGGCCUUCUAAAGCCCACGAGUGUUACCGCUACGGCGGGCGGCACACAGAGGGGAGUGGCAAAAGAUGAAGAUGAAGAGGAGGAGGAGGAGGAAGAAGAGGAGGAAGAGAGGGCAGAUGGAGAUGAGGAGAGGGCCGACGGAGAGAGGCAGCGGAAGUUGCCGGUGAUACCGGACCGGGCUACGAUUGAUGCAAUACGGGCCAAGAGGCAGCAAAUGCAGCAGCCCCGUCGGCUCGGGCCGGAUUACAUUUCGCUAGAUGGCGGUGGAAUGUUAAGCAGCCGCCCUUCGGCCGGGGGUUCCAGCGAUGAAGAGGACAGUGAUUUCCAAGGAAGGAUUGCACUUUUCGGAGACAAGGUUGGCGGGAAGACAAAGAAGGGUGUUUUUGAGAGUAUCGAGGAGCCGGUUUCUAUCAGCAGCAAAUUUCAAGAAGUCGGCAUUAAUCGUGAGGAGGAUGAGGAUGAUGAAGAAGAGAGAAAAUGGGAGGAGGAGCAAUUUAGAAAGGGUUUAGGCAGGAGACUAGACGAAACUUCUUCACAUAGAGGAGCUACUGGUGUUUCUACUGUUGUGCCGGUGCAACCGCAACCUUCUAUUUAUUCGGGGAUUGCCCCCUCAAUGGGCAAUGUGCCGAUAGGGGCUUCUGUUCUCGUCACUCGAAGUGCUGAGGUCAUGUCUAUCGCUCAACAAGCAGAGGUCGCCACGCGAGCUUUGCAGGAUAACAUAAGCAAGCUUAAGGAGUCCCAUAAGAUAACUUUGAAUUCUUUGGUCAGGACAGAUACCCAUCUCUCUGAAGCGCUUUCCGAGAUGUCUGAUCUGGAGAAGUCAUUAGAAGCAGCCGAUAAGAAGUACGUCUUUAUGCAGCAGCUCCGCGAAUUCAUCUCUGUGAUGUGUGAUUUCUUAAAUGACAAGGCUUUUUAUAUAGAGGAGUUGGAGGAACAGAUGCAGAAGCUGCAUGAGAAGCGAGCAUUGGCUAUUUCUGAUAGGCGGGCCUUUGACUUUGCUGAUGCAGAAAGUGAGGUGGAGGCGGCUGUCAGUGCAGCCAUGUCAGUUUUAAGUAAAGGCUCGGGGCCCACUUAUGUCUCUGCCGCCACAGCUGCUGCUCAGAAGGCCAUGGCCGCAGCUAGAGAGUGUCCGAAUUUACCCGUGGAACUUGACGAGUUUGGAAGAGAUAUUAAUCUGAGAAAGAGGAUGGAUUUUACACGGAGAGCAAAGGAAAGAAAAAUCAAGAGAGCCAAGGCAGAGUCGAAGAGGAUGUCAUCUCUUGGUAAGGGUAAUAAGUCUGAGCAGAUUGAAGGCGAGCUGAGCACCGAUGAGAGUGAAACUGAGAUGUGUGCUUACGGGUUUAGCCGCAGUGAGUUGCUCGACACUGCCGAGCAGAUAUUCGCCGAUGCUUCUGAAGAGUAUUCAAGCCUUAGAAUUGUCAAGGAAAGGUUCGAGGGUUGGAAGAAUAAGUACUCAUCGACUUACCGUGAUGCCUAUGUGUCACUUAGUGUUCCAGCUGUCUUCUCCCCGUAUGUAAGAUUGGAACUUCUUAAGUGGGAUCCUUUAUACAAAACAACAGAUUUUUUUGACAUGGAAUGGCACAAGCUUCUUUUUGAUUACGGAAAGCCGGGAGGAGACCAUGAUUUUGAACUAGAUGAUGCUGAUGUGAAUCUUAUUCCCGGACUGGUGGAAAAGAUAGCCCUGCCCAUAUUGCACCAUGAAAUUGCUCAUUGUUGGGAUAUACUUAGCACCCGACUGACAAAAAAUGCUGUUUUUGCCACAAACAUGGUGAUUAGUUACAUUCCGGGUUCCAGCAAGGCUUUGCACGAAUUAUUGGCUGUUGUUCGCAAUCGUUUGAAUGAAGCCAUAUCUAGCCUUAGCGUACCAGCUUGGAAUACCACGGUAACAAAGGCCGUGCCUGGUGCAGCACAGUUUGCAGCGUAUAGGUUUGGAUUGUCUCUUCGUUUACUUAGAAAUAUCUGCUUGUGGAAAAAUAUUCUUGCACUUCCAAUUCUGGAAAAACUUGCCCUCGAAGAGCUUUUAGGGGGAAAACUCCUUCCUCAUCUGAAAAGCAUCAUUUCAGAUAUUCAUGAUGCUAUUACAAGAACAGAGAGAAUAGUUGCAUCAUUAUCAGGGGUUUGGGCCGGACCAGAGGUCAAAUCAGAACCCAGCCAGAAAUUGCGGCCUUUGGUGGAUUUUGUGGCUGAAUUAGGGAGCAAAUUGGAAAGAAGGCAUGCGUCGGGUGCGAGUGAGGAGGAGACACGUGGGCUAGCUCGUCGUUUGAAGAAUAUGUUGGUUGCGCUCAAUGAAUAUGACAAAGCUAGAGCAAUACUGAAGACCUUUCAGCUCAAAGAAGCACUUUGAGUUCAUCACGGUUACGCCACCAGCUUUUCCGACCUCUCCAUAUGUUUGAGUUGUUGGGCGACAUCGUCCUCUGGAAGAGGGUAAUUGUUGUAUGGAGGCAUCAUGAGUUCAAUUUUGUAGUCCUCAUCCUGGUAACUUUAGAUACCUAUUCUUCAUAGUCUAGUCGUUAAGCCUUCUCAGUUCAAUUUUGUUGAUAUACAAAGACAGGGUUACGUUGCAGAAUUUCCUGUUACAAGAGCUAUCAAGUCGUACUUUUUUUAUUUCUGCAGGUUUCCAAGUGCUGGUUGUAUUAUUGUAGGUUUCCAAUUGCUGAUUAUAAUUAAUGUGAGCUUAGUAGUGCCCUUCUUUUUUUUAA